CCCAGUAAACACCUUGCAUGCAUGAUAGGACCACUGCAACUACUUACACACGCAGAACAACAAAAUAGCAACAAAACAACAAAAACGAAACCCUAAGUAUUGAAAGUAACUGUGACAGGACAAUUUACGGAAAGUGAGGCUGUGGUUUAUUUGAUAUGGAGUAGAAUUCAUCUCAAGUUUUUUCAGCUCGGUGCAUCCAACAAGGAUCCAAGACGUUCAAAAUGACAACCCUUCCUAGACUUGCUCCAACUGAGACCUGCAUUAAAACCAUUCUCCACCCAGGCAGCAGUCAUGGAGAACCCCAACGAAAGUCCUUUUCUUCUAUCGGCCACCGUGAACUAUCAAACUCAUGGGGUGGCUCGGUCACCUAUCAUGAUGGAAAACCCAUUUCUCAUACAGCCCAGGGUUUAGGGCGAUCGUUCCCCCGCUUAGAUCCCCUUCACCCACCGAAGUACAGCAGGACUGUGGGCUUAGAGACCACAAACCCACACUUUCAGAAUGAACUGAGAUCACUCAAUAUGAAAAGAGAACAAUAUCACAAGUAUCACCGAUCAUGGAUGAAGCCUUUCUAUGGUAGCAAGCUGGAACAAGAGGACUACAGGAAACACAUCCGGACCUCACUUAAAGACCAGAUGAGAGAGAAGGAUUCUGUUCACAAAACUUUUAUGAAGGACCGAGUGGGGGAGAGUCAGACAGCUGUGGCCUACGACAGAAAAUGUCUGGAUACCGACAGAGAAGCGCUCCAAAAUAAGUCCCUCUACCUACACCAGUUCAGGGAUGACAACAAAAAGCUAAUGGAGAAGAAGUGGCAUGAUACACGGCAGACAAGAGAUCAUUCAAACACAGUGGAACAGGAGCUGCUCAAGUAUAACCCUAUCAACUGGAGUCAAUCAUUGCGAUGAACAAAUUUUGUCUUAUGUUUGUGGUUUGAUUUCAGGUUUUAGUACUUUUUGUAUAUUUCCAUAUUUUGAAUUUUUCAUGAUAAUGUUUCCUGUAUUUACAUUAUUUUUGUUGCAAUAUUACUUUAGAAUAUUUUUUUUGUGAAGGUUAUGUAUCCAUAAGGUAUGUUUUAGGUUGUAUGUACAAUGUACAUGUAUGAGUGUAGAUAGGCAUCUUUUUUCUUUUAUUGAAAUGUACGAAACUGAACAAGAUGGAAUAAAAAUUGUAUAAGGCAAUGAGAACAAAAUUAGGAUUAUUCGACUAGUCAUUUGUUUAACUAAGAUGUCAGUUACGAAUUGCUGCAUGUACAAACAAGUCCCUCUCUAUGGUAAUACACAUCUCGCCUUACUUUAUAUUUUUCUCACCACGUUGUUCCCUUUGUUCAAAAAGAAUUUUUAAACAUGAAGGAUGUGGUCAGUUGAAUAUCUUGCGGAUUGUUACUAUAUUGAAGGGGAAAAAAAUGUUUUACAAGCGUAAAGGUAAUCAUUAGUCAGUACCCUAUACCUUAUGACAAAACAACUAUAUAUUCCAGUGAGAAGUUGAAAAACAACGUAGAUCACUUUAAAUACUUAAUUACUGUUGUCUUGUGUAUGUUUAUCUUGAAAAGAUACACUUGAGGAUCAAUUAGCACCAUAUUGAUCAACCCUCACUAUUCUAUACCAAUUUUUGUUGUUUUGCGUUUGUUUUACUCUUGUUUGUUGUUGUAAUCAAAUGCGUCUAUAGCCAUCAAGGGAAACCACAAGGAUUGGUAAAAACAUACUUACAAAAAAGGGUAGAAAAAAGAAGGGUCAGUGUACUGUUUUGUUCUUAGGUUUGAGUAUAACAUGCAAACUGCAUAUUAGUACAAUCAUGGAUAUCUGUUGUUUUCCCCUUCUGAAAUUGUCAUCUACAAAAUCUCUUAUUAUACGUGUGGAGAUGUGGAUGCCUGCAGUGCUAAUAGUAUUUCACAAGGCUCUUGUUCAUUGUUAAUUGUAUCCCCUGGAUUUACACUCUAGUCGAGAUGUGUUUUAGACCCUACUCAUGUGUGUGUAGCUUUUUAAAGACAUUUGUGCCAAGUAUUCUUAUAUCAGAAAGUGUUAUCAAUUUAUAUUGUAAUUCAUCUCUUUAUUCAAAUUUUAGAAAUACUUUUGAUUGAAUGCUGAAUCAACAAAUUAGUUUUACAGGAUUAAAUAGUAUUUUAAAAUUGCAGAAGGCUGUCACUCUUCCACUUGUACCAAAUAAAUCUUGCACUAUUUAAAAGAAGGUUUCUGCCUUAAUAUUGGCACAAGUCUCACAAUGUUAAUAGAAUGGAGAUUAUGUAAUUAGAAACUCUUUUCAACCAACUCUUCAAAUUAGAUGUAGCUCUUUAUGGCGAAAUUGGUGUAUUUGAACUAGAAUUAAGUGAUCAUAUUAACAAAUUUAUUAUAGAAAAUAAAAAUUAAUUUUUAAUUUUGCGAAGGCAAUGGAGAGUAAAAAGUUAAGCAAAAAUAAUAUGCUAAUAAGAGUAUUCUCAGAUAAAAUUUAUAUUUGUAUAUGUAAAUAAUGAAAAUUGAGAGUUAUUGAGAUCUAUUGAUGAUUUGAAUUGUAAAAUCAUCAAGAUGAUGUGCUGCAUAUGCCAGAGCCUUUCAAUAAGUUUUUAUAGAUUUAAGAGGCAAUAUUCAUGAAUACAAUUUCACAUCAGUUUCCACUCUCGUAAUUUUCCAGUUUUAUAUAUUGUUUUGUAUAUGGUGGCAUUUUGAGAACAAUAUUACAUCAUAGAAGUAUUAUAUAAUCUAUGCAAGAUCAAAGAUUUUUUACAUUAAAAUAUUUAAAAUCAUGUCAUUUUUAAUAGAGGAAAGAUAUUUUUCAUAGUAUUAUCACAGAUCUUCAUAGUACUUUUCCUAGGAAUGAAAUCAUGAAUAUUUUAGACGAUCAAAUUGGAUAAUCAUGUACACAUUGAUCAUUGGAGUUCAUAAUUAUGUGAUUUCUUUUGUAAUUCUUGAUUUAUUGACUGCUGAAAUGCCAGUAGUUAUCAAAAUGUAUAUAUGUAAAUAAAAAUGCUAUGUAUUUGGUUUGAAA